CGAAGUAGUCUAUAUAAAAAAAAUUGCUUUAAUUUGCUUAGGAACAAAGAUAAAACUUGUAUAUUUCGAUUAUUUCGUCGUAAUUCAAUUGUAAAUAUGUUGCGGAAUUCUCUAAGACUUUUUCGAACAGGAAAUAAUUGCGGGCGUAUUUGCGCCGCAGCUUUAAACAGAUGUGAUUCUAAACAGUUUAGCGGGAUUUCAUCACCAUCUUUGGACAGAACGAAUGACAAAAGUAAAGUUUUUGGAACAUGCCAAUGCCGCAGUAUGUUCAUCCAAACUCAAGAUACGCCAAACCCAAACAGUGUGAAGUUUUUACCCGGUGUUAAAGUGUUGGAGCCAGGGCAUACUAUGGACUUCCCUAAUAUGGCAGCGGCUUACUGCAGUCCACUUGCAAAAAUGCUUUUCCGCAUUGAGGGUGUAAAAGCAGUCUUUUUUGGACCUGACUUUGUAACAGUUACGAAGCAGGAUGAUGAUGUGGAAUGGAAACUGCUAAGGCCUGAGAUCUUUGCAACAAUUAUGGACUUCUUUGCCAGUGGCUUGCCUGUUGUUACUGAUGCUAAACCUUCUGGAGAUACUCAAAUCAAUGAAGAUGAUGAUGAAAUUGUACAAAUGAUAAAAGAACUUCUUGAUACACGGAUCAGACCGACAGUACAGGAGGAUGGUGGGGACGUCUUAUUUGUGGACUUUAAAGAUGGGGUGCUAAGGCUCAAAAUGCAAGGUUCAUGUUCAUCAUGCCCAAGCUCUAUUGUCACUCUAAAAAAUGGGGUGCAAAACAUGAUGCAAUUUUAUAUCCCAGAAGUUCUCUCAGUAGAGCAAAUAGAUGAUGAGGGCGAGAAAUUAAGUGAAAAAAUAUUUAGACAAUUUGAGGAAGCCAAAACUAAAGAGAAAAAGGAAUAAUUAUUGUGUAGAUUAUUUCAAUACUCAUUUUUAAAUAAUUGUAUGAAUAUGUUGUAGA